AUGUCGGGGGAGGGGCGGGCGGCGUGUACCUCACAGGGCCGCGGGUGCAGGGUGAGGAGCGGAGGGGCGCGCUCCGAGGCGGGGCGGUGUGGCCGCGGGAUUUUCCCACAGCUGGCGCUAGGUCUGACGGCCCAGCCGCGCCUGGCGCGCCGGGCCCCACCCUCUCGCCGGCCCCUACCUGUCCUCGGCCGCCUCUCUGUCCUCUCGGUCGCUGGCUUGGCCUCCCGGCGCCUGCCCGCAGGUUGUCAAGCGUCCAUGAUCGGCCCGGCGUCCGACGCUUUUCUGCCUCCGCCGACCCGUUGCCCUUGCGGCUCCCCCGGAAGCCUCCCGCCGCUGCACUCGAGUUCCGCCCACACUAGGUUCCCCCGCCGCAUUCGCAGCCUCGGAGCUCUACCGCUGAGUGUUUCUAUUGGUCCAUCAAGAUGCCAAUCGCCGAGGCGGGUUUUCUAUUGGCUUCAGGGCGGGCGCUCAGAGGCUAGAGGGAAGGAGAAGGGAUCAGGAGCGGGAGCUGAGGGGAGGGAGAGGCCGGUCUGGGUCUGGCCGCUGCCGCUCUUCGCCCGAGGUCUUCAGGCCGGGCUGCGGUUCCGUCCUCAGUUCCUGGGCACUGUCUGCGAGGCUCCGCCAGGCCAGCGUGAGAGAGCCGCAGGCGGCAGCCGCCGCAUCAUGUCAGCCAAGGACGAGCGUGCCAGGGAGAUCCUGAGGGGCUUCAAACUAAAUUGGAUGAACCUUCGGGAUGCGGAGACAGGGAAGAUACUCUGGCAAGGAACAGAAGACCUGUCAGUCCCUGGCGUGGAGCACGAAGCCCGUGUUCCCAAGAAAAUCCUCAAAUGCAAGGCAGUGUCUCGAGAACUGAACUUCUCUUCAGCAGAGCAAAUGGAAAAAUUCCGCCUGGAACAAAAAGUCUACUUCAAAGGGCAAUGCCUGGAAGAAUGGUUCUUCGAAUUUGGCUUUGUGAUCCCUAACUCAACAAACACCUGGCAGUCCCUGAUAGAGGCUGCGCCCGAGUCCCAGAUGAUGCCAGCCAGCGUGCUAACUGGAAAUGUUAUCAUAGAGACAAAGUUUUUUGAUGACGAUCUUCUCGUAAGCACAUCCAGAGUGAAGCUUUUCUACGUUUGAGAGAAGAAUGUGUGUGCAUUUCAAGAAUUCAUUUUUUUAGGGGGAUGGAGGAAACUGUUUACUUUUUUCCUCUACACCUUUGAUUUUUGGCACUUUCACCCCUGAUUCCUUCUACGGCAAAACCCACCUGCGGCCACCAGGGGACCAGCUCUGUGUAGGUAACCAGAUGGCUUUUUUCUCUUAAGCCACCAUCUUCCGUUGACCAGAGUAUAAACUCCCAGUCCCAAACCAGGGCAGAGGGCAUGCCUCGACUCCUUCCUGGAGUAGACCCGGGGACAGACACGCACCACGAGCUGUUCCCGUCACCCUCCCUGCCUCCUUCUUGGGCCCUGCAGGCAACACAUCUUCUUUUGGCCCCUGGUUUUGGAAAACUUCAUGUUCCUGACCCGCGUUUAGUUUUUUCCUACCGUUUCUAUUUCAUACAUUCUCAUACAUUUAACUUGUAAAAUAGACUGAUAUUAUUAUUAUUAAUUAAUUAAAACGUGAAUUAAAAUA